CGGAGCGGUGGCUGCCCGGUUAUGUGUCGCGGCGGCCGCCGGUGGCUCGCGAUUCUCGUGCCGGGGUACUUCAACUUCUCGUGCCUCCGCUUUGCCAGGACUUGGAGUGGCCGUAGGGGCCCGAUGGCGGAAACGCUCUCGACCGGGGCCGACGCAGCGAGCGGGCUGACGGCUCCGGCUCAGCAAAACGGAGACGCGGGCGGCGAAGUGAGGGAUGAGUGGCCCCCAGGGUGCCCAGAGCCGGCGGGCCCAGGAGUGGAGCUGGCCCCUGGGGACGGGAAGCAGACCACAGGGAACCAGGAGCAGGCCCCGGCUGCAGCACUGGGCUCAAGCAAGCGGAAGAAGCGGCGGGGCACAACCGGGGAGCGCGUAGUGCCGCCUCCGAAGAAGCGGCGGGCAGGCGUGAGCUUCGGCGACGAACACUUUGCAGAGACCAGCUACUACUUCGAAGGAGGGCUGCGCAAAGUGCGGCCCUAUUACUUUGACUUCCGGACCUAUUGCAAAGGCCGCUGGGUGGGCCAUAGCUUGAUGCAUGUCUUCAGCACCGAGUUCCGAGCCCAUCCCCUGGCCUACUACGAGGCUGCGGUUCGGGCUGGGCGCCUACGCCUCAACGAGGAGCCAGUACAGGACCUCAGCGUUGUGCUCAAGGACAAUGACUUCUUGCGGAACACAGUGCACAGGCAUGAGCCACCAGUCACAGCAGAGCCUGUCCGCCUGCUGGCUGAGAAUGAAGACAUGGUGGUUGUAGACAAACCUUCUUCCAUUCCUGUCCACCCCUGUGGCCGCUUCCGGCACAAUACAGUCAUCUUCAUCCUGGGCAAGGAGCACCAACUCAAGGAGCUGCACCCAUUGCAUAGGCUUGACCGCCUUACCUCCGGGGUCCUCAUGUUUGCCAAGACAGCAGCUGUCUCGGAGAGAAUUCAUGAGCAGGUUCGGGACCGGCAGCUGGAGAAGGAGUACGUGUGCCGGGUGGAGGGGGAGUUCCCCGCCGAGGACGUAACCUGCAAGGAACCCAUCUUGGUAGUGUCUUACAAGGUAGGGGUGUGUCGUGUGGACGCUCGGGGCAAGCCCUGUGAGACAGUGUUCCAGAGACUGAGCUACAACGGCCAGUCCAGUGUCGUGCGCUGCCGGCCACUCACAGGCCGCACACACCAGAUCCGAGUCCACCUCCAGUUCCUGGGCCACCCCAUCCUCAAUGAUCCCAUCUACAACUCAGUAGCCUGGGGUCCCUCGCGAGGCCGGGGCGGCCACAUUCCCAAGACAGAUGAGGAACUGCUGCGGGACCUUGUGGCAGAGCACCAAGCCAAACAGAGCCUUGAUGUGCUAAAUCUCUGUGAAGGUGACCUGUCCUCGGGACUCACGGCCUCCACAGCUCCCUCCUCAGAGCUGGGCCAGGACCGCCUAGAAGACUUGGCUGCAUCUGCCCCCAAAAUGGAUGGAGUAGCUGAGGCAGCCCCUCAGGAUCUGGACACAAUGACACUGGCAUCAGGGAAUGCAGCGGAAACAGAUGUUGAGAAUCAAGAGAUAGACCCCCUCUGUCCAGAGUGCCGGCUGGUGCGACAGGACCCCUCGCCCAAGGACCUUGUGAUGUUUCUGCAUGCCCUGUGCUAUAAAGGGCCAGGCUUUGAGUACUUUUCACCCAUGCCGACCUGGGCACAGGAUGACUGGCAAGAUGAUUGAAAGCUGUGGUCUGUGGAGGGAUGGCUUCUUGGGUGGGAAGAGGCCGUUGGGGUAGGACUGACCUCAUGGGCUGGUACUCAGGGUUUCUAUAAGGAGUGAGGUCGGGCUCUUAAAGGACUGGUCACACUUGCUACCUCCUUCCUUCCUUUCCCUCCAGCUAGAGUCUGGGGACUUAUUGGUUUGUAAAUGUAUUCCUUUUUCU